AUGGCAAGAUCAUCAAGUAAUUUCAAAACAAAUAUCAAUGGAAAUGACAAUACUCAUACGCUAAUAGACGGCAAUUUUUGUGCUAGUACUACGAAUAUUUUGAAUGAUCUUGGUUUACAUGAUGAUAAUUUUGGUGAUGAGGACGAUCAAGACGACAAUAACAUUGUCAAGCAAGAUUAUGAUUUAGAUAAUAUUUAUGCUAGAGAACGAGUCGUCGACGACAAUGAAUUAGAUACGGAUAGUGAUGACGAAGAUUAUAACGAUACGGAAAUCAUGGAAAUAGAAGACGUCAUAUCCACAGAUACAUUGAGAAAGUCUUCAACAGGCAACAAAAUCAAAUCGACCGAAGAACAUGUUCUAUCACAGAAAUUGAAUCAACUGUCAACCUCUCAGCAAAAAGAAUCAGAAAUAGAGUCGGAAAAGAAGCUACCAAAAAAGGUUAAACCAGAUCAAUUAAGAGAAACGCCAAAGUAUCUUACCAAAAGUAAUAAAUCAUUUGAAAAAAGGAUUAAUUCAAUCUGGUCUACCAAUACCACAACAGCGGUAGCAUCAUCAUCCGACAACUUAGAAAAAUAUCGACAAAUAGCUAUUGUGAUUCAUCGAAUCAAGUACAUAGAGAUUUUAUAUUCUCUUUGGACUGUCUAUUUACAAUCAGGUUUGGGUCAAUUGAAGACUCACUAUUCUUGCAAUGGAUUAGGUCCACAAUUAUGGGUAAAACCAGUUCAAUCAAUGGUGAAAGUAACUGUUCGUUCAGGUACCGAAGAAAAUGAAGCUUGUUUAACUUAUGUGAAAAAUGGUCUAACUCAAUUACACAAAGCGAUUCAACAAGCUCAUACUGAUCUUCAUGUUCAAAAGAAUCAUCUACCUAAUGAUUCAACCCUGAUUCAACAAGCAAUUGAAAGAUUUGUGGAAGAAAAUUUGACUAGUCUACGCAAAAAAAUUCAACAUAAAAUACAACUAGUACAUUAUGAUUAUGAAGAACAUAUCUUAAAACUCGACUAUCUUACACUGAAUCCAAGUGAAACUCAAAUAAAAUUAGCGGAACAACUCUGUGCGGCGAAGCAACAAGAAGAAAUCAGCAAAUAUACAUCGGAACUACUUGAAAAACAAAUUAUUCAUCAUAAAUCUUUGUCAACUUUCGAUCAUCUGCCUAUAGCUCGUGUACCUUUAUUUGAUUCAAUUCGUAAUAUAGACGUUCAAAAACAGUUCUGUGUUCAAUAUAGACAAGUGAUCGAACAAACACAAACGAAUAUGUUUACUCUCUAUACUCAAUCAGCUACUAGUCAAAAACAACGUUAUCAAAAUCAAUACAAUGAUAAAAUGAAAGAAAUACAACAUGAACAACGUUCGCUUCCAGAUACAGAAAAAUUAACGACAAAGAUGAUUGAAUUAAUUGAACAACGCGCUCAAAUUAUUGGAAAACGACUCAAAUGUAUUCAUGAUUUCAAAGUUCAAAUUUUAUCGAUUCAACCAUAG